AUGGGGAAGAACGAUAGUUCCAGCAGGCAAGAGAGCAGUGCAUCUGCUACGCUUCUACGUUCAAGUGUAGAUUCUGGCACAUUUAGUGACGUGAAUAAUUCUUUGCCUCACUCGCACCAACACUCGAAUACAUUUGCCGGGCCUCCAGUGGAGUCGUUGGGAGGAAUCGAUCCAGCUGAGUGCCCUGUAGCAGCAAACAACUACGAUGUGAAAGCAACGACGACAGGCUAUGAAUUACAACUGCCUGAAAUUAACGAAGCCUGUGAGCCAGAAGAAGAAUCGCUUGUUCCGUUUGACAGAAGACCGUCAUACCUGCAAAUAUCCCGUCGCCUCAAAAGAAUUCGCGUCUUGCCCGCCUUGCUCGCCUGCUUUUCUUCGCUAGUUGUCACUACUGCUAUAUGCGGAACAGAGAUUGCAAUCAGAGCCGUGGAUAUAUCCUCGUCUUUAGCCCUGUUAUGUUCUUCAGUCGUUGCUUGCAUGUUAGCCGCCUUCGCCGCUCACAAGAAAAGUCAUGUCCUUCUUGUUGGCCUCGUGAUGCUAGAGGUUCUCUUUACUUUGUACUCAACAGCAUUUGCGGCUGUUGGUCUAGUUAAUGUGGGGCUACUACGCAAGCGCCAAGAAAUUUUGGAGCAAGAUGACACAAUGCAGGCAGAGCAGCGAGAAAACGCCUUGAAGAUUGCUCAACGCAUGCUAACUGAGCAGGCAAUUUUUGCUGGUUUGUAUUUCUUCCUUGCAGCAGCGCAUUGCUGUGCUGCAGCUUCAGUGAAUCAUCUGCGUGCUGCUGUCAGGCCAUUCGACAGCCGUCUAAGAAGAAAGCGCCAAAGAGCAAGAGCUAUGGAGAAGCUAAACGUGCGGCCUCCCCCACGGGAAGAAGAAGCAAAAGGAGCCGUAGACCGAGGAACCAAGGCAGAGAACUUUUCGAACGACUUGCAACAGUUGCACUUCAACGGGGUAAGCCAGGAUGGGACGCCUCCUAGCCAUGAUUCUCACUCUGUCGAAGCCGGAGAAGUUGCCGAGCUGGAGUCGGCCAGGAACACUGCAAGCAGUGCUCAGAGAAGUAGCUCCUCCAGUGGUACGACGAGCCCUCAAAUGACACAGGAGAGCUCAGCUAAAAUUGUGGAAGACAAUCACACCAUUGCAUAA